AUGAGUGGAGCUAGCUGCCCAAGCACUGCCUAUGCUAUGCCCUCAGGCUUAAGGCCUAAUGGGCAUAACCAACAUCAGGCAAGCAAAAGAGACACCUGCUCUUGCUUCCAGAUGCCACUGCACUACCCAAGGUACAAGAAGAGUGACUAUGAGACGAUGCCUGAGUGGAGACUUGACUGCUUGUUGAAAGAGUAUGGGCUGCCUGUUGUUGGAGAUGCUAACCAGAAGAGGAAAUUUGCCAUGGGAGCCUUCCUUUGGCCUUCAGAGAACGAGUGA